AUGCCCGACCCCAACGACGCCAGCACUUCCGGUACUAGCCAGCCUGGCAGCGACGACUCGACAUUCGAGCGAUGGCGCCGUACGUUCUCGGUCAUCACAGGGCUUGGCGGCACGCCCGAAGAGCGGCAGGCUGACAUGGAGCGCUUUCACGGCCAAACCUGUGAAAAGUGGAAGAGAGAGCUGAUGAACUAUAGUCCCGCGGUCGUAUUCAUGCUUAAGCAUUUGAAAUUGUCCGGUUGCUCGGUAUCCUCGAAAGACAUAAUAUGCUCCCCGUGUGACUACACCCGUGCUGGAGGCUUCAGUCCUGAGGCAGGUGCUGUUAUCCUUUGUCAGGGCCGUUUCUUCAGCAAGAAUCAUAUGGAGGACACCCUAGUGCACGAAUUCGUGCACAUGUAUGAUCAUGCAAAGUUCAAGGUCGACUGGAGUAAUCUCAGGCAUCAUGCAUGUAGCGAGAUCCGGGCGAACAGUCUCAGUGGUGACUGCCGGUGGACGCGUGAACUCCGUCGUGGCUUUGUAGCAUUCUCGAAGCAGCAUCAAGCGUGCGUCCGCCGGCGUGCCAUAUUGUCUGUACGUGCCAAUCCGGCAUGCCCAGAUGAAGCGACUGCGGAACGUGCUGUCAACGAGGUCUGGGAAAGUUGUUUCAGCGAUACGAGACCCUUUGACGAGGUAACGCCCUGCAACCAUCUUCUCAGAAUGCCAUUGACUGUGUGA